AGAGAUACAAAAUCUUUUUUAAAGAGAUAUUGUAAAACAAGAAAUACCGUGAAAGCAAAAUCUUCGUAAAGUUUAAUACUUACUGUAAAACUUAACUUUUUAGUUACGACGUAUGACGGGUCAGAUGUUAGCGUGGAUUGGAAUUUUUUAGAAUGCAUUUAUCAGAACCGAAAUGCUGUGCCAACUAAGGUUCCAGAAGAAGACAGAAAAAAUUUCAAAUUUGAUCCAUCCAAAUAUUAUGACGCCGUAAUCAUGCCGUGGUAUAGAAGUCAAGACCAACCACAGUACUUCUAUGUAGCGGAAAUAUGCGCAAACUUAAAUCCAAAGUCUUCUUUUCCCGGCCACGACUAUAGCACUUUCGAAGAGUAUUACUUGAAGAAAUACGGUAUACAAAUACAAAAUCUAGAGCAAUCGUUGUUAGAUGUGGAUCAUACAUCAGCUAGACUAAACUUUUUAACUCCUAGAUAUGUAAAUCGCAAAGGCGUCGCGUUGCCUACGAGCAGCGAGGAGACAAAACGCGCGAAGAGAGAAAAUUUAGAGCAGAAACAGAUUCUUGUUGCUGAAUUAUGCGCCAUUCAUCCUUUUCCAGCGUCUUUAUGGAGACAAGCGGUUUGCUUGCCCUGCAUAUUGUAUAGAAUUAACGCCUUGUUGCUCGCUAAUCAAAUACGAUGUCAAGUUGCACAUAUGAUAAAUUUAGGGCAACAAAAUCUGAAUUCAGAUUUUGAAUGGCCGGCGUUAGACUUUGGGUGGAGCUUGGCAGAAGUAUUGAAAAGAUCAAAGGAAACGGAGAAAGCAAAACAGACUAAAAAUGAAAAUGCACAGGACAACUCGUCUUUGAACGGUAUAGACGUUAGCGAGUGUGACGAGAAUACGCCGUCUGGCCAAGACGUGAACGAUAAACAACAGGUAUCGUGCAACGAGAUUGAAAAACAAAUAGAAUUGGAGUCCGACAAUGCCCGAACCGAUGAGGUAGAAGAAGAUGUUGCCGAUGAGCAGAAGGAUGACGAGCUGGAGAUUGGUACAUGGUCGAACGACAUGGCAUGGUCCAACGACGUGACGAUGAGUUCCACGGAUUAUGAUGUGAAUAAUCUGCAAUCGUUUCCUCUAAAUGUGACGGUCUUGCCGCAAGAUUUUGGUUGGAAUGACAUUCGAUACGGCUCGCCAACGUACGAAUCCGACUUGGAUGGUUACGAAUCAGAUGACAUAUACAGCGAUGGCUUUGUCGACACGUCUGAUGAAAGUGAGGAUGAAAGUAGAGGCUUGAAGAUUGCUUACAUGGGAGAAAAUAUUGCCGAAGCUGUGGAGGAUGAGAAACAAAUAUGUAAGCAGGAGAUUAAUAAAAAGAUCUUGGAUCUUUUGGAGACGGAGAAGAAUUUCGAUAAUAAUUUUUGGAUGUAUGCGGAAAAGGACGAAGAGUUAUUACUUGCGAAGCAUAAGGAAGCGCAUUAUGAGUUCGCCAAGAGAAAGGAACGCGAUAUAAUGACCGACGGUACUUUCAUAUCUUGCAAUUCUGAAAUUACGAUUAAGAGGAGAAACUCGUCGAGUUGUCAAACUGAGAGCGAAAAACCGAAUUAUAAACAUAAAGAUUACAUAGAAACUGUUGUAAGAAAAUUUACUAUCCAAGUAUUAAAUAAGAAGUCUACUGAACCUGCUCGCAUGGUAAAAAAAGAGAUUAAUAAGCCAAAUGAAAGAAAUUAUUCAAAUAACGGUCUCUUUAGUUUCGACCAUCAACCGGAAUUGAGAGGCCAUUCAGGACCAAGUCCUAGUCUGAUCCUGCAGGCUCUAACAAUGUCUAAUGCGAAUGACGGUAUUAAUUUAGAGCGGUUGGAGACAAUCGGCGACUCGUUUCUCAAGUAUGCUAUAACUACAUAUUUAUAUUGUACGUAUGACAAUAUCCACGAAGGAAAGCUCAGUCAUUUAAGAUCAAAACAGGUAAGCAAUUUGAAUCUUUAUAGACUUGGCAGGCAAAAAAUGCUCGGCGAGAGUAUGAUAGCAACCAAGUUCGAGCCGCAUGACAAUUGGCUACCUCCUUGCUAUUACGUUCCUAAGGAACUCGAGCAAGCAUUGAUCGAAUCUGGUGUUCCUUCCGCACUGUGGAAUCAAGCUGACAUUCCUACCUUGCAAGCUGUGAAUCCCACCGAAAUAACUCAGCUCGUUAAAGAGACUGAGGAAAAGCUCGUGAUUAUGAAGAGUGAAUUGGAUAAGAACGAAAGUAGACUGUCGAACAAUUUAGAUAAUUUGCGAUGCUUCAUACCUUACAAUUUAAUUACGCAGCACAGUAUCCCAGACAAAAGUAUCGCGGAUUGCGUAGAAGCUUUGAUAGGGGCAUAUUUAAUCGCAUGUGGCCCCCGUGGGGCGCUUCUCUUCAUGACCUGGUUAGGAAUUCACGUUUUGCCCACCGAAGAAGUUUGCAUCAUAAGCGAGAACAAGCCGGAAGAAAGGAUACCUGGCAGUACGCCAUACGUAAAGGGAGUUAAUGAACACGGUGAAACUACUUGGACGCAAAUUCGUUACGGAAAGUUGGAAGAGCCGCAAAAUCCAUUACUCCGUUACAUUCCUGACCCAGAGAGUGAGUUAUAUAUGAUGCUCGACGGAUACGAAGAGUUGGAGGAAAGUAUAGGAUAUAAAUUUCGUGACAAUAGUUAUCUUUUGCAAGCGUUUACGCAUGCUUCUUAUCAGCCAAAUAGAUUAACGGAUUGUUAUCAACGUUUGGAAUUUCUUGGCGACGCUGUCCUAGAUUAUUUAAUAACUAGACAUUUAUACGAGGACUCUCGGCAACAUUCGCCAGGUGCUUUAACAGAUUUACGAUCCGCUUUAGUCAAUAACACGAUAUUUGCUUCUUUAGCUGUAAGGUGCGGUUUUCAUAAAUAUUUCCGUCAUCUAUCUCCUGGACUAAGCGUGGUAAUAAAUCGUUUUGUCAGAAUACAGGAGGAAAAUGGACAUUCCAUUAGCGAAGAGUAUUACUUGAUUGGCGAGGAGGAAUGUGAAGAAGCCGAAGAUGUAGAAGUUCCAAAGGCACUAGGUGAUGUUUUCGAGUCAUUAGCCGGCGCUAUUUACUUGGAUAGCGGAAUGUCUCUCGAUGCGGUGUGGAGUGUUUAUUACACGAUAAUGAAGUCAGAAAUUGAACAAUUCAGCACGAAUGUUCCCAAAUCUCCAAUUCGUGAAUUAUUAGAAUUAGAACCCGAAACGGCAAAAUUUGGUAGGCCUGAGAAACUGGCUGAUGGCCGUAGAGUACGAGUAACUGUAGACGUGUUUGGUAAGGGUUCCUUCAAAGGAAUCGGGCGAAAUUACAGAAUCGCAAAGUGUACAGCGGCUAAAUGCGCCCUGAAGAAAUUAAAGAGCAAAGUACAGAAUUACCCAAGGCAAAAACUAUGACAAAACUCGUAACUUGUAAAAGGGAAAAAACACACGACAAGUUUCUUGUAUUCAAGAAAUUGUUGGGUGGGGGACGUUUACGUCUCAAGAUUAUUACAUUCAUGAGUGUACUUACGAACUUACAACGUUAAAAGUAAUCUUUCGUUAAAAAGAUAGAACAUUACAUCAGUGCAGUAUGAUGAUUUAGAUAGACAUUAAUCUUAACGAAGAAGUUGUUACAUUUGAGCCUAAUCGUGUUAAUUGCACUGACAAUUAACGAGUUGGAUAUAACGUGAAUUAGGAGAAUAAAUAAAUUUUACUAAUUACAUGUGACUGAUAAUAAAGUAUAAAGAUGAGAGAGGUAAAUAACACUCGAAAUAUUUAAUCUAUAGUUAUUUCGCGCGCGCGCGCGAAAGAAAAAUGACUACGAUAGCUCAAGGAUCGAUAUAAUUAAAAAUAUAAUUUGAAAAUAUCACGAAAUAGUAAUAUGGACAAACAGUAUUUAUAAAAUAACAUCAAUUCCCAGCUUUAUCCUAUUUCUUCUAUCGUAAUGCAAAUUAUUAUCAUAGAAUAACCACGUUAAGUAAAAGUCUUGUGACUUUUAUUGUGUUUUGUAAGAGAAAAGAUAAAUAAAACUUUUCGUAACAUAUAAAGUUUUAUAAUUCAAGCAAAUAAAAAAAGUAAUGCAUAGCGAUUUAUCUAUAAGAUAGUUGUAUAAAAUGUGUCGUAUAAAUGUACAGUAUAUGCAAAAACAAGUAAAAACGAAUAACAACAUAUAUAACUCUUGUGUUAAAAAGAGUAAAGAAACUAGAGUAAAAACUAAAUCUUACGAUCGUUUU